AUGACGAGCGAUGAUCAGUUCUUCUUCGAUUUCCUUGCCUCGAUACCCCAUGACGUAAAGCGAUACUCGGCGGACGUCGCUGAUGCUAUCGAUCGCCACGUCGACUAUGCGGCCACCGCGGUCAAGGACACCUUGACUGUCUAUCUACCUUCUAUAAUAAAACCCGGCACUCGAGAUGUUAGUUUAUUGCAUCCACCCAAACCGCUCUCAGUGCCCGAGCGCGUCUACAACUGGGUUUUGCGCAACAGGGCGUGGACGGCGGCGCUUAUAGCCUUCUUUGGAACUGGCAGUGUCCUGCUCCUGGGCAGUAGGGUAUUUGAUCAACGCAAACGCAGGGCGAGGCGGGCUGGAAAUGGGGCUCGAAAAGAGAUUGUCGUCAUCGCGGGAUCUCCUCAUGAGCCCAUGACGAGAGCAAUCGCCGAAGACCUUGAGCGCCGUGGCUUUAUUGUUUAUGUGGUUGUUCAAUCCGCGGAGGAAGAGCAUAUAAUUCAAACACAAAACCGAUCAGAUAUCCGAGCCCUACAUCUCGACAUAACGACUACUCCUUCCACCCCAUCGGAAAUACACCCUGCACUUCACGGAAUCUUCUCCCUCAUAUCACACGCGCAAUCGCCGGCUCCUGGUAUCCAGCCUCACACCUGCCAACUAAGCGGGCUGAUCAUCCUCCCUUCGCUGAAUUAUCCCACUGGUCCGUUACCGACGAUCCCCGCAUCAAGUUGGGCAGAUACAGUCAACACUCGACUCCUUUCACCUAUACUGAUCACCCAAAUGUUCAUGCCUCUCCUCACACAUCGGAAUCAUAGCAGCUCCAUCCUUUUCCUUUAUCCAUCCAUCUCCUCCUCCCUAUCGGCACCUUAUGCUGGACCUGAGGUAGCCAUCACGCGGGCUCUGUCCGGGUUUGCGACUUCAUUGCGACAAGAGCUUCGCCUGUUACAAUUCGCCAAUGGCGCUUCGUGUAAUAUUGAUGUGGUUGAAAUGCGGCUCGGCAAUCUUGACUUGGGCUCACAAUAUCGCGUGUCUCAGGUCACUGGCACCGAGAUUCUUGCAUGGAGCCCUCAACAGCGAGCCCUGUAUGGACAGUCGUACAUGUCGAGUAUCGAGCAGCGGCCGAUGGCAGCUCACGGACCCGGUGCGAUCCGCGGCUCGUCUGCGCGCGUCCUCUACAAUGCGGUGUUUGACAGCCUGGCGCCACCGCAAAAGUCCCUCUUUGGAAAUAAGAAGAGGAGAAAGCCCGUUGUCUUUGUCGGACGCGGGUCUCGUUCAUACGGCAUUAUUGGCCAGUGGGUUCCUUCUGGUAUUAUUGGUUUCAUGUUAGGAUAUGGAAAUUCUCCCAGUACGGUUUCGAGCGGCGCAAGCAGCGAAACGGGAUGGGAGAGGGUUUAA